AUGGCGACCAAUGGCGUCUACAUCGUUAUGGGCGAGGCGAAUUGCGUCGUUGCGCUGCUCAACAAAGCCAGAAGGUUUGGGAAAAGCUGGAAUUCGAAAGGAAAAACUUGUUUUCAGACAAUAUCAACUAUCUCAUCAGGUUCCGACGAUGGAAGACACAGAUCCGUUGCUUCGGAACUUUACCGAUUUGAAAGAAGUUCUGAAUGAGGUUGGUAGCUUUAGAAAGCUAGACAACUAUUGAAAGUUACUAAUAUUACCCGGAAAACGUUCCAACUAACCAAAAAAACGAUAAGAUGAAUUCAAGAGUACCUGAAACCGUUGCAGGUGGCAGAUUUGGCCGACAUGAACCCGCUCACCUACCUCUCCCCGUUUCUCGACGUCAUCAAAGCCCAGAAUACGAACGGACCGAUCACAGAAGCCUCUCUGGCAGCCGUUGCGAAAUUCCUAAACUACGGGCUCAUUGACGCGAGCAGUAUCAAGGCCGCCAAUGCCGUCGAAUCCAUCGCUUACGCCGUCGUUCACACGAAAUUCAUCGGAGGGAAGAGUAAUGGCAGUGAUGAGUGCGUUCUGUUCAAGAUUCUGCAAGUAAGAAUAGAUUUUAAGCGAUUUCAUAAUUUCUGAUCCUAUUGAAUUGCUGAAAGAAUAAUCUGAAAUUGUAUUAACAUUCCAGGUGCUCCGCUCUUUGCUCCUUUCGCCUCCUGGAAUUCUCCUUUCGAACGAAGCAGUUUGUGAUAUGAUGCAGUCCUGCUUCAGAAUCGUAUUCGAGCAGAAUCUCUCACUUCUACUCAGAAAAGUACGUUGAAAAGCUGUUUUCUAAAAAAACCUCCAUUCAUUUCCUCGUUUCAGGCAGCCGAAUCGACGCUGGCCGACAUGACCCAAUUGAUCUUCACGAGAUUACCGACGUUCGUGGAAGACACCCGACAUCCGUACAUCCGGCAGUUAGUGAGUAUUCAAAAUGAUAAUGAAAAGAACUUGAGAACAAUGUGAUAUUCAGGUGAAUCCAACUGAAAAACGUCAAAAGCGGAAGAAGAAGCGUCAGAUUUCAGUGCAUGUUGAGCAAAAAAAUGAGUCGAAGGAGGAAGAAACGCCGACGGAAUCCACCAAAUUAAUCGAUCCGACUAGUGAAGUGGAAGCUGACGGAGCCAAAUUAGGUAACUUUUUAAUGAUAAACUCUGAAAAUUAGUACAGAAAUCAGUUUCAGGCUAUGAUGUCGUGCUGACCACUGAUCCGCCCGUCGAUACCGUAACCCAACCGGACAAACAGACCGAAGAAAUCAAGAAGGAGGCGGUUUCCGAAGGCGACGAAGCGGAUUCGGAGUCUGAAGGCGGCGAGGAUGAACGAACCCGUUCCCAUGGAGGACUUCAGAGAGAAAUAGUGUCAGAUGAGGAGGAUCCGAUCGAAACCGAGCAGGUUCUGGAGGAAAAGCUCCCCUACGGACUGCCCUGUUGUCGGGAACUCCUCCGAUUCCUCAUCGCAAUGAUCAAUCCGCUGGAUCGCCACAACACGGAAUCGAUGGUCGUGCUCGGCCUGAAUCUGCUCAUUGUUGCCCUCGAAGCGGUCGCCGAUUUCCUGCCCAACUACGAUGUCCUGAUGCCGUUGAUCAAGGACAACCUGUGCAGAAGUCUCCUUCAGUUGCUGGACUCUGCGAAGUUGCCGGUUCUCGCAGCCACGAAUCGCUGUUGCUUCCUGCUUUUUGAGUCGAUGAGAAUGCACCUGAAGUUUCAGCUGGAGAGCUAUUUGAAGAAGUUGCAAACUAUUGUGCUUUCUGAAGAGGUUAAUAGUGGAAACUCUCAAUUUUUCUAAUACUUUUCAUUUUAGAAUCUCACCAACGGCGGUACCGAGCAAAAGGAAAUGGCUCUGGAGUCCCUUGUCCAAUUGUGGCGCAUUCCGGGACUCGUCACCGAAAUGUACCUCAAUUUCGAUUGCGAUCUCUACUGCGGAAACAUCUUCGAAGAUCUCACGAAGCUUCUCGUUGAGAACUCGUUCCCCACUCUCGGCGGACACACCGCUUCGCUCCUUUCCCUUGACGCACUCCUCGUUGUCAUCGAAACCAUCGAGCACAACUGCGAAGAUCGGGAGAACGGUAGAGGCGCCGAAGCGAAGGAUGAGCAGAAGGAUCAGAAGAAACUGGGACUCCCGGUGCUUAGUGGAUAUGAUUGCGGAAAGAGGAUGAUGAGUCGGGGAGAAGUGCCCGCUACCGUAUCCCCGAUCCCAGCUGCUCCGACUGUCUUGCUCCGCUCCAACCGUCACGCUCCGUCGAACAACUUUCCGUCGAUGACUGAAGUUAUUGAUCAGAAGAAAAGAAAGAAGCUUAUCGCGGAAGGAACCGAACUUUUCAAUCAGAGCCCCAAAAAGGGAAUCGAGUUCUUGAGAGAGAAGGGCAUUUUGGGACACGACGAGGACAGUCUCGUGCAGUGGCUGCGCACGAAUCCGCAGUUGGACAAGAAGGCCAUCGCCGACUACAUUUGCAGUCGAAAGCACGCCGACGUUCUGAAGGCCUUCGUCAAGAGUUUCCCGUUCGAGAACACUCGCCUCGACGUGGCCCUUCGCAUGUUCCUGGAGACGUUCCGACUUCCGGGCGAGUCUGCCGAGAUCUCUCUCGUGAUGACGCACUUUUCCGAGGAGUGGUACACUGCCAACAACGAGCCGUUUAACCAUGUAGACGCCGCGUUCACCCUUUCCUACGCCAUCAUCAUGCUGAAUGUCGAUCAGCACAAUCCGCAGGCGAAGAGAAAUCAACCGCCGAUGACUGUCGACUGCUUCAGACGAAACCUUUCGGGAACCAACGGGACCAAGGACUUUGAACCGGAGAUGCUUGCGGAGAUGUAUCAUGCGAUCAAAACAGAGGAGAUUGUGAUGCCAGCCGAGCAGAAGGGGACUGUCAAAGAUGACUACAUGUGGAAGGUCCUGUUGAGAAGAGGAGAAACUUCCGAAGGAUCGUUCUUCCACGCGCCCACCGGAUGGAAUGAUCACGAUCUGUUCGCAGUCUGCUGGGGACCCGCCGUCGCCGCUCUUUCCUACGUCUUCGAUAAAUCGGAGCACGAACAGAUACUCCAGAAGGCGCUCACUGGAUACAGAAAGUGCGCGAAGAUUGCCGCCUACUAUGGAAUGAAGGAGGUGUUCGACAAUCUGUGCAUCCAUCUCUGCAAGUUCACCACUCUCACCUCGAUGCGUGACGGAGGAGCCGACGACGCUCUUGAUCUUCAACGGCACCGAUCGAUGGUCGACGUCUCGAGCAGCUCGGUCGGCUCACUCGGAGGCAUUCUCAACCAUCCGCCGGAAGUUCUCUCCCUCGCGUUCGGAGAGAACCACAAGGCUCAAUUGGCGACUCGUACACUGUUCUACCUGGUGCACGAGAACGGAAACAUUCUGAGAGAAGGCUGGAGAAAUCUGUUCGAAGUGCUGCUUCAACUCUUCCGAGCACGUCUUCUUCCAAGCCAAAUGACUGAAGUGGACGACUAUGUGGACGCGAAGAAAUGGGUCAGCAUUCAGAGAGUCCAUCAGAAGGAAAUCACCACUACCCGCAGCGAUACCGGCCUCCUUUCCUGGUUUGGACUGGGCGGUGGAGCGUCGGAAGCGGAGCGCCGGAAGCCGAGUCAAGAGCAACUGAGCGCCAUGAAACUAGCCUCUCAGGUCAUUGCCGAGUGCCGCCCGGCUCAGAUUGUGGCCGAUAGCAAGUACCUGACGAGCACAAGCCUUGCAGAAAUGCUCAGUUCGCUCGCGGCUAACAGCGCGAUGAUUGUGGAGCUGGCGGAGCCGCAGCAGAAGACCGCCAGUCUCAGCGGAGAGGACGAGGACGCGCUCGUCUUUUAUCUCGAGCUCAUCGUCUCGAUCACUCUGGAGAACAAGGACCGUCUUCCGCUCGUCUGGCCACACGUUCGUCGUCACAUCGAAUGGCUCCUCUCGCCGAGAUUCGGAAGAUGCCCAGUACUUGUGGAGAGAGCCGUUGUCGGACUGCUCCGAGUGGCCAACCGCAAUCUGUUCCGCGACAACACAGUCUCCGACGACGUUCUUCACUCCCUCUCCAUGCUUCUCCGUCUCUCGCCCAAGGCCCUUUUCGUGUUCAGUCGACAAAUCGCCUUUGGUCUCAAUGAGCUCAUCCGUGCAAAUGCCGCAAAUGUGCACAAGAAGGAGCACUGGGCGGUGCUGUUCGCGCUUCUUGAAGCCGCCGGAGCCGCCGUUCUUCCUGAUGAUUAUGUGCAACCGCAACAACAAUCGAAAGGAGACGCCAGAAACGCAUUCUCGGAUGCGGAAAAGGAAACGGGACGGUCUGGACACGAGGAACGCGCGUACACAUCGGAAGGAGAGGAGGCGCGCGGAAAGAGAGCGAACUACGACUCGGGAAGCGAUCUGGAGAGCCGAGUCGACUCUGCCGGCUCACUUUUCGGAGCUCAGAAAUCAGGACAGCCGGCCGAUUGGAUUCAUCUUGACCACAAAGAUGCAGCGAAAGCGACAGAAGAAGCACUCCGCGCUCUGGGAGCCACUUCCCACAUGAAGAACUUUCAGCGAUUCGGCAGUCUCGUCUUGAGAACCGGACUCGGAAGACACGAACCGGCGUCAUUCUUGAAAGUGUGCGAAUGUCUCGCGUUCCUGCUCAGAGACGGCAUGCACGUAACUCCGGAUAACUUUGAGUCGAGCCUCCAAUGCUUGAGAACUAUGGUGGAAGCCAGUUUUGACGGUGGAUGCUAUGCGGCUGGACCGCUCAGCGGAGACGCGCAGAAUCGAUUGAAAAGUACCGUGACCGAGGAACGAGCGGCGAAGAAACACCACCAUCAUCCUCACGGAAAGAAGAAGGAUCUGUCGAUGGACGUGCCCGAAGAAGCCGAUGAAAGCAGGAAUGAGGAGCAGCAGUUGACCGCCAAUUAUCAACAGGUGGGAAGCGUUUUCUUUUGAAACAAUCUUGUCCGUCUUCAGACGUCCCUCCAUCUUCUGGAUCUCUGCUCUCAACUCCACUCCAAAACUCCCGCCAUUUUCGCCGAAUGGGCUAAACAGGAAAGCUGCGCUGAUCUCGCUUCCGUCUCGUUCGUCUGGACUGACAUUUGGCGCCCCCUCCUCCAAGCAAUGGGCCGAUUGAGCUGCGAUUGCAGACGAGGUGUGCGAGCAGCCGCUCUCACUCAUCUUCAGGUAAACUGACACAUUGAGUUCGUAUAAAAAGCGCGCAGUUUCUAUUGCAGAGAGCAUUCCUUCCGGCGAAUAUGGCCACAUUGGGAGCCGCCGAAUGGCAGUCUUGCUUCGGAGAAGUGCUCUUCCCGCUGCUCACCAAACUGCUCGAGCCGUUCUCGCAAAUGGACCCGAUUGGAAUGGAAGACACGCGAGUGCGGACCCUUCAAAUCGUCGCCAAAACUCUGCUCAAUCAUCUGACCGCUCUUUCGGCCCUCGACUCGUUCCCAGAUCUCUGGAUGCGUCUUCUCGACUACAUGGAACAGUAUCUUCGUGUCGACAGCUGCGGAAAUCUGAAUGAAGCCGUGCCGGAGUCGCUGAAGAACAUGCUUCUUGUUAUGGACAGCACUGCCAUCUUCGCUUCCAUUCCGGGUCUUUACGAGAUGACGGUGGAGAGAUUGAACCGAGUGAUGCCUCAGCUGAUCAAGGACACGAUCCCGAACCCGCCGAACAAGCAAACUGCUCCAACUCACCAUGCUGCUGGUCUAGAGCCACCAAUUUCAUCGACCUCUUCUGAAUCUGUCCUUCCCUCAACUACACAAUCCUCCGAGUCCACUACUUCCGUAGCUUCUGCUCCAGCUCCUCCCCUGAUGACGUGUCCUGAAGAGUCUACCGCUCCAGUACCCAUCCCACCGACACCAGUGCCGCUGACAGAAGUGAUUGUCCACUCGGGACCAACUUCUCCGAUCGGAUCUCCGCCACAAGGCUCUGUCGAGCCGUCAAGUCCGCCACAGCAACAACAGUACCAGCAAUACCAGCAGCAGCAGCAGCACUACCAACAGUACCCAGGAUACCAUCAGCAAGCUCCAGUCGAUCCGCAGUACCAACAACAACAGUACGCAUACUCGCCGGAAGCCGCCGCCUACUGGCAGCAGCAAUAUGCACAGCAGCAGCAACAGUACGCUGAGCAUUACGGUAGGGGAAGGAAAAGUACAGUAGAUGUGAGCAAGCUCAUUUCAGCCAACCAGUACCAGCAGUAUCAACAACAGCAGCAGCAGCAGCAUGCUCAGCAGCCACAACCGGCAACCGUUCACGGACAGGUAGAUAGGAGUACGAUCUCAACAGUAUUUCUUUAUUUUCAGUAUUCGGUGGCCAAUCCCCUUCCCGUCCCUGCCUACCAUCAAAUCGUCGCUCCGUCGGCGAACAGCGCGUUCUCGCAGGUCUACUCGUCGUCACAGAAUGUGAGAAACCCUUCUGAAGAUCAUUCUGGAAUCCAUGCUCAGAUCGCCGCGGCACCUCCGGCAACGUCUCUGGAUUCGCCCUACUUCACUCCGAUUCCGUUCAACCCGUCCAAUCCGCCGCCGCAGUGA